AGUCUGGUCUAUGUGGUGGCGCUGCUGCCGCCGCCGCCGCAGUGCCCGGAUGUUUCAGUGGAAGCGCCAGGUUCGCCCCUGCAGUUGGAACCUGUAGGAAGCGGGGCGAGAGUCUCCAGUCGGGAGAGACCAUUCGGGGGGAGGGGUGGGUGUCAGUCAGACAGACAGAGUCGGUGGCAGACGCUUCGCUCCGCUGGCGGAGGCCGCAUCUGACGCCACCCCCUCUGGUCCAGGAGACCGGCUGGCCCGGCUCCAGCUCCAGAUCCGACUCCCCGCCUUUGUUGUCCCGGCGCUUCAGCCCGGCGAUCCCUCCGUCCCUCCCUUUUCCGUUAUCGGCGCCGACGGCCCGCAGCUUUCGCCGCCGCGUUUCUGCCCCGCCGCGAGGCACGUUCUUGGGGCGGCCGAAGAAGGCGCGGCAGCUGCGAUGAGCAACUCGAGGAAUAACCGGGUGAUGGUGGAGGGCGUCGGGGCCCGGGUCGUGAGAGGGCCCGACUGGAAGUGGGGGAAGCAGGACGGCGGCGAGGGCCAUGUGGGCACCGUGCGCAGCUUCGAGAGCCCCGAGGAGGUGGUGGUGGUCUGGGACAACGGGACGGCCGCCAACUACCGCUGCUCGGGAGCCUACGACCUGCGCAUCCUCGACAGCGCGCCCACCGGUAUUAAGCAUGAUGGAACGAUGUGUGAUACUUGUCGCCAGCAACCAAUAAUUGGUAUUCGCUGGAAGUGUGCAGAAUGUACCAAUUAUGACUUGUGCACAGUGUGUUAUCAUGGGGAUAAACAUCAUCUAAGACAUCGCUUUUACAGAAUAACUACACCAGGAAGUGAACGAGUAUUACUGGAGUCACGUCGUAAAUCAAAGAAAAUAACUGCAAGAGGAAUCUUCACAGGUGCCAGGGUAGUACGAGGCGUUGAUUGGCAAUGGGAAGAUCAAGAUGGUGGCAACGGGCGUAGGGGCAAAGUAACUGAAAUCCAGGACUGGAGUGCAUCAAGCCCACACAGUGCAGCAUAUGUUUUAUGGGACAAUGGAGCUAAAAACCUUUACAGAGUUGGCUUUGAGGGCAUGUCAGACCUUAAAUGUGUCCAAGAUGCAAAAGGAGGAUCCUUCUACAGGGAUCACUGUCCUGUACUUGGUGAGCAAAAUGGUAACAGGAAUCCUGGUGGUCUGCAGAUUGGUGAUCUAGUAAACAUUGAUCUUGACUUAGAAAUUGUUCAGUCUUUGCAGCAUGGCCAUGGAGGAUGGACUGAUGGAAUGUUUGAAACUCUAACCACUACUGGCACAGUUUGUGGUAUAGAUGAAGAUCAUGACAUUGUUGUACAGUAUCCAAGUGGCAACAGGUGGACAUUUAACCCUGCUGUUCUCACGAAAGCCAAUGUUGUCCGAAGUGGAGAUGCUGCUCAAGGUGCUGAAGGAGGAACCUCACAAUUUCAAGUCGGUGACCUUGUCCAAGUUUGUUAUGAUUUGGAAAGAAUCAAACUGCUUCAAAGAGGACAUGGUGAAUGGGCUGAAGCAAUGCUUCCUACUUUAGGUAAGGUUGGAAGAGUCCAGCAGAUCUAUUCAGACAGUGAUUUAAAAGUAGAAGUUUGUGGAACUUCUUGGACAUACAAUCCAGCUGCUGUUUCAAAGGUGGCAUCAGCAGGUUCUGCUAUAAGCAAUGCAUCUGGAGAGCGAUUGUCCCAGCUUUUGAAGAAAUUGUUUGAAACUCAAGAAUCUGGGGAUCUUAAUGAAGAACUGGUUAAAGCAGCUGCAAAUGGAGAUGUAGCCAAAGUAGAAGACUUGCUUAAGAGACCAGAUGUGGAUGUGAAUGGGCAGUGUGCAGGACACACAGCUAUGCAAGCAGCUAGUCAGAAUGGACAUGUUGACAUUUUAAAAUUGCUCCUGAAGCAGAAUGUGGAUGUAGAAGCAGAGGACAAAGAUGGAGACAGAGCUGUUCACCAUGCAGCUUUUGGCGAUGAAGGUGCUGUGAUAGAGGUUUUGCAUAGAGGCAGUGCAGAUCUGAAUGCUCGCAACAAACGGAGGCAGACACCACUUCAUAUUGCUGUUAAUAAAGGUCAUCUCCAAGUAGUGAAGACUUUACUAGACUUUGGUUGCCAUCCUAGUCUCCAGGAUUCUGAAGGUGAUACACCUCUUCAUGAUGCAAUAAGUAAAAAGCGUGAUGACAUCUUGGCUGUACUUCUGGAAGCUGGAGCAGAUGUGACUAUUACAAACAACAAUGGAUUUAAUGCUCUCCAUCAUGCUGCACUAAGAGGAAAUCCAAGUGCAAUGCGGGUAUUGCUCUCCAAGCUCCCCAGACCAUGGAUUGUGGAUGAGAAAAAAGAUGAUGGUUAUACUGCCUUGCAUUUGGCAGCACUUAAUAAUCAUGUGGAAGUGGCAGAACUCUUGGUGCAUCAGGGCAGUGCUAACUUGGAUAUCCAGAAUGUAAACCAACAAACUGCACUGCAUCUUGCCGUUGAACGACAACAUACUCAAAUAGUGCGGCUUCUAGUUCGUGCUGGAGCUAAACUGGAUAUCCAGGAUAAAGAUGGAGAUACUCCCCUGCAUGAAGCCCUGAGGCAUCAUACUUUGUCACAGCUUCGUCAGCUCCAAGACAUGCAAGAUGUGGGCAAGGUAGACACUGCUUGGGAACCAUCAAAGAACACAUUGAUAAUGGGACUGGGUACUCAGGGAGCAGAGAAGAAGAGUGCAGCUUCUAUUGCCUGCUUCCUGGCAGCCAACGGAGCUGACCUUGGUAUCCGUAAUAAGAAGGGUCAGUCUCCGCUUGACUUGUGUCCUGAUCCGAGCCUCUGUAAAGCGUUGGCUAAAUGUCACAAAGAAAAAGUCAGUGGUCAGGUUGGUUCCCGAAGUCCUUCUAUGAUCAGCAAUGAUUCAGAAACUUUAGAAGAAUGUAUGGUGUGCUCUGAUAUGAAGAGAGAUACGUUAUUUGGUCCAUGUGGGCAUAUUGCUACCUGUUCCCUCUGUUCACCAAGAGUCAAGAAAUGCCUCAUCUGCAAAGAGCAAGUUCAGUCGAGAACAAAGAUUGAAGAAUGUGUAGUGUGCUCGGACAAAAAAGCAGCAGUACUAUUCCAACCUUGUGGUCACAUGUGUGCUUGUGAAAAUUGUGCCAGCCUGAUGAAAAAAUGUGUACAGUGUCGGGCAGUGGUGGAACGAAGAGUGCCUUUCAUUAUGUGUUGUGGUGGCAAAGGUACUGAAGAUACCACCGAUGAUAUUGCAAGUGGAAACAUUCCUGUUCUGCAGAAAGACAAGGACAAUACCAAUGUCAAUGCUGAUGUACAGAAAUUGCAGCAGCAACUGCAGGACAUAAAGGAACAGGACAGUAACCUGAGAGAAGUUCAGCCCCUUGAGACCAUGUGUCCUGUGUGUUUGGAUCGUCUGAAGAAUAUGAUCUUUCUCUGUGGUCAUGGAACCUGUCAGCUUUGUGGUGAUCGAAUGAGUGAAUGCCCUAUCUGCCGAAAGGCUAUUGAAAGAAGGAUCCUUUUGUAUUAAAAUUAUCACGUGUCUUCUUAUAGCUUGUCAUGUUAUUACUAGAUUCUGCUCAUUGAAUCUCUGUAAGCUUUGAUGGCAGCUUGAAAGCUGUCAUGAAGGAAUUUCGAAUGCUACAGAAGAAGUAUAUUUUAAGUGCUUAAAGACUGACAAUUACAACACAAAUCAGUAUUUGAAUGGUCAAUCUCUCCUAUCAUCAAGAAAGCUAAACCAGGUUAGGUUAAUUAAUGAAGCUGGUUUUUUAAAAAAAAAUCUUUCUCUUUUUCCCCAACCCCUUUAUGUUAAAGGGACUAUCUUGAUUUUCUGUCUUGGUAUUUUUAUUUUAUAUGAUGAUCUCUAAUUUCAGCAAUGUUGAUUUUUAUACUGUCAAUUGCUUUCAUGUAUAAAUGCUUUUAAUUCUGUAUUGUAUUUGUUUUAAGAUUUUUCACAGUAGUGUCAAUAGCAAAUUGCAGCAGCAAGUUAAUCCUUGUAGCAAGGUACAGGCAUUUUUUAAAAAAUCAGCACAAUAAAUAAAUGAUGUCUCAGUAUUACAAUUUGCCUCUAUGAACUAAAAGCCUGGAAACUUUUGUAUGGUCUGUGUUUUGCUCUGAACUAGUUUGGAGAGCAAUUUGAGGGUUGUCUGUUCAUCUUGAGUGAGGACUGCUCAGUGGGCUCUGCGCACAUGGUGAGGAUUCUUCUGGAACCAGAUGCCUGGCAAGCAGCCCCCAAAACUCAGAGGAACUCCCAGUAUGACUGCUGCCCAUAACAAAAUGGACACAGUACAUGAUGCAGUACAUGCAAGCAAACCCUUCUGAAUGCCCCAGUGGCUUUUUGCAUCUCGGUCUUAAACCUUCAGUAGGAAAACAAUUUUUAGAAUGGCAAGAGUACAUAUAUUUAUUUAGGUACUUUUAUAAAAGAAAACCAUCCUAGCCACAAGCUAGAAAUUUUUCAUCUUAAAAGUCUGGUGAGCUAGAUUCAAACAAUACUUUGAAAAAAGGGGAUAUCCAGCAAGAGUCUUAAGAUAUGCAGAAACAGUAGCCUGUGUAAUAAAAUGUGUCUGUUUCUGUUGCAGGCUUUGCAAAAUGCAUGAACUGCCCCUCCCUGCCCCCCAUAUCUCUUGAAUAUACUUCAGACUAUUCAGUUAAUAAUGAAGAGAGUGCUUGAUAGAUCUAUGGAAUUUCCACAGAUUGACUGGCUGGGGGGUGGCGGGGUGGGGGGAGAAUAGGCAAGACCCAAGUGAGAUUUAUUGGCUUAACAUCAUAAAUGCUAUUUAAGAACAUGGAGAAAACAGCUUGCUCCGAAUGUUCUUUAUUAAAGUACAGGUAGUCAGAAACUUAAACUGCAUACUUGUGAUGAUGCAUGAUUGCAGAGAAUAAACUUAGUUUUUGGAGCUAUAAUUUACAGGUAUAUAUUAAUCUGUGUAUUUAGUCCUAAAUCAGACACACAAACAUAUGAAGAAACACAGAUAGAUUAACUGCCUUUCCUCUGAUUAAUUUUAUUCUUUUUUACUGCAACAAGGUAGGAAGAUGCUGCAUUUGGAUGUAGACUAUGCCUAGGGUGAUAUUUUUAUUUUUGUUGUUGUUCCAGGCAUUGUUCCAAGCAAUAUUGAUGAUGUAGUAGGAUUCUGUAGGAACACUAUUAAUGGAUAGAAGCAGAUGCUCCCUGCCCUGCCAGAAAACUAGAUUAAUUCUAUUACAUUUGGUAUAUUAUCUUAAAAUAAUAGAUUGUCAUAAUGCACCAUAUGUUAGCAAUGUGCUAAACCUAAAUGUUUAAUGCUUGAUUCCCUGAAACGGCCAGAUAGUUAAAGGCAAUUAUUGAGCUAGAACUACAAAAGCUGCAGUUUUAUUUAUACUUGGGAAUAAGUCCCAUUGACCUUGAUGAGACUAUCUCCUUCCCAAUUAAACAUGGAUAGGUUACGGGCUAUGAUAAACACACCCAUCUGUUGGUUCAAUUGAAAUCAGUGGGUCUUAAAGCUGUGUCAUAUGCUCAUUUAAAAAAACAAAAAAACCACACAUUUCAUUUCAGCACAUGUGAGCUCAAACAUGCUCAAAUUUAAAAAUGAUAGGUUGGUUUAAAGCAUUUGUGGAAGUUCUGAUUUAGAAAUGUAUAACGACUGAACGAUUGAACUUUUUUUAAAAAAACUGGACAAUUCCAACUUACACUGUUUCCACCAGAAGUAUAUUGAAAAACCUGUGCUUGGAUUUGUGUGAAAACCUAUCUUACAAUGAGUAAUAGUAAAACAUUCUCAAAGAUGAUACUAAAAACAAGAUCUGGUUCUAAUGGUAGACUACUAUUAAAACUGAUCGUACUAUAGUACUAUGAUAAAUAGUACUUUUGUACUAUUUUAAAAUGGAUCUUAAGUACUAAACUUGCAUAAAAGUAUCAAACAGGGCAUCGGGGGUGGCAGGAAGGAACUAAUAUUUUACAGCCUAGAUAGGGGGCAAAUGUACAUUCUUUGGUGACAAAGGAGAGUUUGUUCUACAAUUGUGUAAUUUGGUGUUGUGGAUCUCCUGCAAAAGUUAAGCUACUAGGAUUAUCACAGGUAUAUAAAAACAAAGGUAUCUGCAGGUGCUGUUGCUCCAAGCCAAUAUAAAUACUUUUAGGACUUCAGCCUUUAUCAUUGACUUUUUCCAGUUUUGCUAAAAUGUAAUGUUUGCAGACCAUUUUGUCUCUAUUUUCCUCCCUACUCACUGCAAACUGUUUUAUAGCAUGACUAGUCUUGUAAGAAGAUUACGCUAUUCAGUGUUUAAAAGGAUGGACGUAAGGUGCUGUGUAGACCUCAAAUUUAGUAGAAUAAAGUAUGAAACAUGUUAUAUUAGCACAAAUUUUUGUUGCUUUGAUGCUAUUUUAUGUCAUUUUGUUUAACUUGUAGAAGACAAGUAUUUGUUACAUGCAUUAGUUAACGGAAAGCAGUACAUUGUUUAAUUUUUUCCUUAAUUUAUUUUAAUUACUUUGUUAAAGCUUUGUAGUAUAUAAAAGCAGAUGUUGAGACUUGAAUUUAUACUUUUAUUAAAAAGUGUAAAUAUAAA